AUGGACCAACGGGUGGUCAUUUUCCAGGAAGCCCUGGUAGUCCCGCUACUGGAGGGCCUGGUAGUCCCGCUACCGGAAGGCCUGGUAGUCCCGCUACCGGAAGGCCUGGCAGUCCCGCUACCGGAAGACCUGGCGGUCCCACUACCGGAAGACCUGGCGGUCCCACUACCGGAAGACCUGGCGGUCCCACUACCGGAAGACCUGGCGGUAACACCUGGCAUUUCCACGCCCGGACGACCAGGUUCUACUUCAUCCGGACCCCCUGGCCGUCAAACAACGGGAGGUCCUGGAGCUCCUACACGCGUUACUCCCGGGUCGAAAAGCUCCACAACAACCACACCACAUCCAGGCCCCGCACUGCCUACAACACCGGGACCGAGUCAUGGUCCUGGGACUCCGCCGCCGAGGACACCAAGUUCCAGGACCCUAACACCAGCUUCUCCGACUCUUACGAUUUCCAGACCGACUCCAAGUUCGACACUAAGCACUACAACGCGGACAACGCGGACAACAACGCGGACUACAACGCGGACUACAACGCGGACUACAACGCGGUCUACAACGCGGUCUACAACGCCUGCCUCACCGUCCACUCCAUCUGGGCCGACGACAACGCCGUACCACCAUUUCACGUCUCGACCGGGGAAACCACUUCGCAACUUCACCCUGAUCUGCGUAUUCGAGUACAUCACGCGCGACAUCUGGAACAAGACGGAUCAGUGCACCGACUACGUCUACAUCCGGGCAUACUACUACGCCAUCAAUGUCAAUCACGAGCCUCUGAUUUUCACCAAGAAAACGUUGACACGAAGGACUCAUAUAUUGUACUACGACGACCCGACAUACUGGUACAACCUAAGCAUGGCGGACAAUGCAGUGAACUUCGUGCAACGCUUGCGCUACGCCCACGCCGACUGGUACCUCGGAAUGUGGGGCGCCACCUUCAUACGACUCCUGACAAGUCUGUGGGAGACGAACAUCGUGCACGAUUCGCUCUACGAGUUGACUCACCGGCCGACGUUUGGCCCGAUCAACUCGUCCCGGUUCAACGGAUUUGCGAUAAUCAACUCGAUCAUCAAGGACAUGAGGGGAGCGUUCAAGGUCGAAGAACAGUAUAACGAGAGCAUCUUCAAAGGCACAAAUAAUCCAAUCAUACGGCCUGACUGGACCUACAUACACACUGCCGCCGUGUGGCCGGGAGGAGACGCUGUGAUUUCUGAGAGGCACAUCAAGAACUUCCUCAGCGUCGCCGACAUCGUGGGCCUCAGUACGAGUAACACGACCGAUGAACCCAACACCGUGCAGUAUGUGGGAGCCAGCCCCCGGUUCCUUUGGGCAUCGCCGCCCAACCCGAUACGCGGAAUAUUACCGGGAAUUCGAGGAAUGUUGGAUAUGUUGAAGGAAUUCCCGCACUACAAGCAGCUCCUGAACCGCGACAGGAUCUGCUUCUCCAUCUCCUCGUCGAUAAACUACGCGAGGAACUUGUACCGCAACAUCGACUUCAGGGUCGAGAUGGAAGACAAGGAUGACAGCGUCAUACGGUACUCUCGUUACAGGCAGUUCACCUCCAUCGACAACCACACGAAGGAAUACCCGCUGCAGUCUGAUCCCUUCAAGUACGAGUUCAACGACACCACUUACACGCACUUUUGGAGCCUGCGCGUCGGGGGCUACCUCAAAGGGUUUUUCGCCUAUGAUGACGCCAGCACGAUCGCUUACAAAAUGAAUGAGUUGCUCAACGCCUACCCGGGCGACCGAUGUGUCGUGUUUGACGACCUCGGCGACGAUAUGUGGGAGGGGAGCUUCCAGCACGACGGCCGCACGAUCGCCUUCAAGAAAUACGAGAUGCUGCACGCCAUCUCCAGCGCCAUGGUGCAACGAUACGGCCCGGCCUUCCCGUCCAACUAUUAUUAGGCACAGAAGAAAGCACCAUGGAUGCGACGUCAAUGGCAAGCACCAUGGAUUCGACAUCUAUGGCGAGCACCAUGGACUCGACAUCUACAGCAAGCGCCGUCGAUGCGACGGACACGAGCAGCCAGAUCAUCAGCACG